CGGAGAAUGGACCAAACUGCCGUAAGACCUCGUGCGCCCCCCGCGGAGUAAGCCGUUCCCCCCGGCUGGCAAAGGUGCUCGCUCCCCGGACAUAGUCGUGAACCACUUAGCAAGCUAGCGUUAAGUUGGUAACCGAACAACUGCGGGAAGGUGAUGACAAGAGUCAGUUGAACAUCCUGAAGAAACGGCGUGUGGCAGAUCUUCUGUCUCAUUAUAUUCCAGAAGAUGAAGCAGCUCUUAUGAAAAAUGGAAGAUACACUUGCCUUGUGUGCUCCUACCGUCCCGUGUUUGAUACAGUUGAUACGUUGACAGUCCACAGAAACGGGAAAAAGCAUCUAGAAGGAUUAAAAGCAUUCUAUGGCAAGAAAGCACGGUUGAAGAAUGAAAUGACAAAAAGGCACCAUGAAAACUACGUCCAGACUGAAGACACAAAACAGGAACCCUCGUGUUCAGCCCCUUUACUGGCCCAAACACGGAGGCUUACACAUCACGCUUUAUUGAAGACUGUACCAUAUAACAGCUGCCAUACUAAAACCAGUACAAAAUCUGGAGAAGGAGCCCGGAGAAUCAGCUCAGAUCCCAGCGACAACUCUUGCAGCAAAACAGCAUCCGAGCAAGAAAAAGGAUGCCGAAAAACUGAAGUUUCAAACAGUUUAUCACAAAGCACCUUUAGUGGCUGCACAGCAGCCGGUGAAGGAUCACAUCCGGACAUUAAGGCCGCGGCCGCAGUGACACAGGAGGCAGAGCCCAUAACCGCGCAGAGGAGGAGGGAGCUGGAGCACUACCUCAAACUGAAAAGUGACGGGUGGUUGCCAGACCGAAGCGGCCAGUGGGUGAGAGACGAGAAUGUGGAGUUUGAUUCAGAUGAGGAGGAGCCUACUUCACUCGCCCCUCAACCUACAAGUCACUAAGACGACUAAGAACUGUAGGAAAACACAGAUGAACUUGUUCCACAUUGGUACAUUCAGAGGCCUCAGGCUGUUUGAGACCGCCAGAACACCACAUGCAAUGACCUCAUUGAAGAGAUUUGUACUAUUCAUCAACCUUUCAUUGAAUUCCAUGUUUUUUUUGUGCUGAUUCUACAGCACAUGUGUACUCUUAGAUCCCCGCUGGGCACCAGUGAUCAUCAGCUGCAGCUUUUGAUGCUUUUAUUUUACCAGGAAACUCACAAUUUAAGAAGAUGUGUAAUUUUCAGUUUCAAUUCAACAGAAUUAGACAGUAAGAAAAAAAUGCCCUUUUGUUGUUUUCAAAUUCCUGUCACUCUUAAUUUGCUGACAAUGUUUGCUAUUGUUUUUGUUACUACAGUAACAUAAAGCAGAUUUCAAGAGAAUACAAUUUUGUG